ACAUACCAGAGUUGAAAACUCAGUCAUCAUCUGCAGUAGCAGAUAAAUGAGUAUUAAAGACAAAAACUAUUUUGCAGUUCUAUGCCACAAAUUGAUUUGUCAAGUCAUAGACAAACAAAACUGGAACCUACUGUUUUUCCACCAUAAAAGUAUCCAUCACUAUCCAAACAAAACUCCAGUUCAAGCUCCCUCGUCACAAGGAAGAUGUGAUCAGUUUUAAAUAUUAAGGGGAAUUUGCAUUCACUUUUGCCUGCAUAACAAGCAUCUGCAGACUAUUUUGAUUUGAGAGCAAAACAGGAUCACAAAAUUAUUAGGGUUGGAAAGGACCUCUGGAGAUCAUCCACUCCCCCUAAAACAGAUUACACAGGAAUAUGUCCAGGUGGGUUUUGAAUGUCUCCAGAAUGGGAAACUCCACGGUUUCCCUGGACAGCCUGUUCCAGUGCUCCGCAACCCUCAAUGUAAAGAAGUUGUUCCUCAUGUCGAGAUGGAACUUCCUGUGUUUCAGUUCCUGGCCGUCGCUCCUCACCCCAUCGCUGGGCACCACUGAGAAGUCUGGCACCAUUCUACUGGCACUCCUCUUUGCGUAUUUAUAUGCGUUAAUGAGAUCCCCUCUCAGUCAUUUCUCCAGACCGAACAGGCCCAGCUCUCCUCUCUCUCUCUCCUAAGAUGCUCCAGACCCUUCAGCAUUUUUGUGCUCUUGCGCUGGACCCUCUCCAUGAGCCCCUUGCUUCUUGCACUGAGGACUCCACCACUGGGCACAGCACACCAGAUGUAGUCUCCGGUUACCAAACGCCGCACUCAUACAUACUCCCUGUAUGACCACAGCCCGCCGAUCCCGCACUCCCGGCCCGAUCCCGUUCCCCAUCCUUAUCGCUAUCCCGGCCCCGCUCCCUCCACGUCCCGCCUGCGUCUCCCUGCAGCGCCUACGGAAGCGCCGGGCAGCCCCGGUGCCGAGAUCCUCCUACCUCGGCCGGGGCCCUACCUCGGCCGCGGAACAGCCAGUGCCACUGCCUCAGUAGAAAUCCUCCCCGCCCUUCUCCGCUGCACCUCGCCCACACCUCAGACUCACUGCUUCCCAGCUACAGUAAGGCACUGAGGAAGAACACGGCUGCUCCCUGCCUCACAGCGGGUCGGCGGGGCAUGCUAUCUUCCCUUUGAGGCCAGGCGCGCCUCAGGCAGCUCAGGACCGGGCGAAGGCCCCCGUGCUGCGGGCGGCGCUGACGUGUCGGAGGGAGCGGCGGCGGCCCCGGCAGCACCAUGUCCAAGGUCACCUUUAAAGUGACGCUCACCUCGGACCCCCGGUUGCCUUACAAAGUGUUGAGUGUGCCUGAGAGCACACCUUUCACAGCUGUCCUCAAGUUUGCUGCAGAAGAAUUCAAAGUUCCUGCAGCAACAAGUGCCAUUAUAACAAAUGAUGGCAUAGGAAUAAACCCUGCACAGACAGCAGGAAAUGUGUUUCUAAAGCAUGGUUCAGAUCUACGGCUCAUUCCCAGAGAUCGUGUUGGGAGCUCAUAACAUCUCCUGAAAGCUAGGAAAUAGGUGUCAUUGCUGUGCAGCAGAGGUCUAUUUAUUUUGGAACUCCAAAAUGCAACUGAUGAAUUGGAUUUUUUAAAGCAAGCAGAAAUGACUUCCCAGGAUUUGAUUUUUUUCUUUGGAAACAGGGAUAAAGAUUCAUUUUCCUGUUAAAAUACAUUAACUCAUCCACUGAUUCUUCCCUGACUAGUAGAACAGGCUGAUUGCAUGUUAUGUUGCUGUAAGAAAGGCAGACUUCUCUCCACCAUGUGGAGAGACACCAUGUGGUGUUAUUGACACCACAAGAGUAAACAUAGCCACCAUUGAUACUUAAAAUACUGGAUAUUGUCGAGCCUACUUCAUGAAAGGGAAAACUGUGUUAUGAUGUUGCUACAAAGAAAUUAUUCCUACUGUGUGCUAAAAGUUGGGGUUUUUCCUGUAUUUUUUUUUCUAGUUAUUUCUAUGUUCAGGGGAACAGCUUUCACCUGGUUCAAGUAUUGAUCUCAAGUAGAGGGGAGAUUUCAGGAGGUUAUUACUCAAAUAAGAAAACAGCUGCCAAAUAUUCCAAAGUAAUUCUUAAGUUUUAAUUGCUGUAAGUAUUUGAUAUAAAGGAGAAUACAGAGAUUUUUGUGUUUUAAGACUUCAUUUGGACAUACUGUGAAGUUAAAUUAAAUUAAAAUUCAGAGAAUUUGUGAGACCUAGUCUCCUCACAUGAAGUGCCAUCAUCACGGAAGGAUUGCAGUGUAAUUUGGGAAUGUGUAGACUGGUCAAAUAUGUCAUUCCUUUUUCAGUAAACUAAUACUGGUUCUUUCCAGAAGUCUUGGUUUUGUUGCUGCCUGUUACACAGAAAACAUCAUAGAAUUCACUGAAAUAUUUUUGUUCAGAUUAGAAAUUGCCAUGUGUAAACUAUCAGUUGUGUAUUUUAAGUAGAGAAAUUGCUGCUUUUCUUGAACUGGUUGUCUAUGCUGUGAUUCAAUGUAUUUGGCAAAAUCUUACCAUAUUGCAUUUUUUUCUGUUCUACUGAGUUGAACGGAAGGAACAAUGGGUAUUGUAGUGCUUGGUUAAAUGAGUAUUCUCACAAAUACAACUGUCCUGUGCAAUCAUCAUGCUUUAGCAAGAUGUUCAGAUAAUGUGUCAGAUAAUGCAGAAGUACAAAAUGCCCUUCUGAGUGGGUGUAAGCUCAGGAAGUAAAGAAAAACUCUCCAGAAAUCAAUAUUUGCCUAUAAGUAGCUUCCAAAUUUAAGAUAAACUGUAAAAUUCCAUAUUUUUCUUUACUUUAAUAAACAAUUAAAUGAAAAAGUGCAAAUGCUGUUCCUCUCCUAUUCUUAGAGUUUGACAAUAAUUAAAAACUGUUCCCGUUAAUUAUUCAGUAUGCUUUGGGAUUCAUUUUGAGCCAAAAGAUAGUUAUUAUGCAGAAUUCUACGGAACACUGCCCCAAGGGCAGAGUGCCUUGUUUUUUGUUAGUCUAAUGCCACAAUAUAAUUAGUAUGAGCAAAAUUAAUUGCUUGUAAUUUUUAGCUGCAAAUCUCAUGACUGAAUGCUUGAGAAAGCACCUGAUAUUGGAAUAUAACAAACAGGAAUAUUUUUUUUUCUGUCUAAAGGUGCAGUGUUUUUGAAAGGGAAUCAUGGUUAAUUGCAUUUUGAAACUAGGAUGCUCUGAUGUUUAUAUAAUUGAGGGUUAUGUAAAAAUUAUUUCAUGUGGUGGCUAACAUUUCUCACACUGUUACUUAGGUUAUAACAGAGCAUAAAGUAUUUGACAUACUGCAUUGCAGGUAGUUUAUGUAACAUGCUAAGAAUUUGUUAAUUUGGAAAAAUAACUGGUAUUUUUAGUACUCCGUUCAUUACACCUUUGUCUCAGUAUAGCCUGUAAAAUCUGAACAUGGCUUUUCUGUUUGGUAAAGAGACGAUUUCAGUGCUAAAACAUAUUUACCAAAGCUUUGCAAGCUGACUUGACCUCUGCAAGUUCAUGUUGUUAAGUCAUGUUUGACACGGUUGAAUAGGCAACUUUUAGUUUCUAGGGCUUGGGAGUUGUUAGAAGAUCCUGGAAAUGCUGUGCUCCCCGAUUAGUACCUGUCUGUCUGUCCAUACUUUAUGGUGUACUUUGGAAAUCAACUCUACCUGGCAGUUGUGUUGUUUUCAGUUCUAAUUAUAACCGGAAUGGUAUUAAAAGAUUUUUUUG